AUGACGGCCACCCCAGCACACGGUAGCAAGACGCUUGUGACGAGACGGUUCCGGCUCGUCUACCCUCGUCUCGAGAACGACGAGCGCACGGUUGCGUCUUUCCACCGGCUCCUUACGCACCCCGACACGCUCCGCUACAUUCCCGUCUUUUCGAGCAGCCUGACGCUCGACGAGACUCGAGCGAUGGUGGCCUCGCACCGGACAGAUACGACCCGGCUCGGCUUUGACAUCUUUGACCAGGCCACCAACGAGUGGGUCGGCACCGUUGGCUUCACCCGCAUGACAAAGACAAAGGCCGAGGCCGGCAUCAUGCUCGACCCGCAAUCGAAGGCGAGCGGCAUCGUGUCCGAGACGAUGCUCUCGGUGCUCCAAUUUGGCUUCGGACAAGAGGUGAACCAUGACGAGGUCGGCUUCGCCACCUCGAGGCGCAAUACAAAGAUGCUGGGCUGGAUUGAGCAUGUUCUGCUGCUUCAGCCGAUCCCAGAUCACGAUCUCACGGAACAGCAAGUGAUCGACAGGGACUCGUGGGGCCAAGAAGACGCACUCGUCUAUUUCACGAUGAGCAGAAAGCAGUGGGAGCAAGUGACUGGUCCUGCCCUGAAGGCCAGGGUUGAGGGAGCCCAAUGUAUCAAAUAA